AUGAGGCUGCAGCAGGGCUCGUUCCUGUGGUAUCUCUACCUGGACAAGAUCUACUGCCUGUUGUCCGUGCGGAAUGUGAGGGCCUUGGUGGAGUAUUUUCACAUGCUGGACGUGCACCGCAGGAACAGCUUGAAUGAUGUGCUGUUCUACCACUUCCUCCACCAUGUGACCGACCUGAAGAAGACGCAGAUCACGGUGGUGUUUGACAUGCUGGACUGGAGCACCCUGGGCGAGAUCAGCUUCGACCAGUUCUACAUGCUGGUGUGCAUCCUGCUGGCGCAGGAGAGUCAUCUGGAGGAGCAGUUCAUGUACCGCCAUUCCCGGCCCAUCUUUGGCCUGUUUGACCUGAAUGGGGACCUGAAACUUGGUGCAAAACACUUCCACAUGUUCAGGUUUCUCUUCAAUAUUCAAAAGCAGCAACUCAGAGAGCUCUUCCAUGACUUUGACAUCUCAGGGGACCGUCAUCUUAAUUACAACGAAUUUAAGCUGUAUACCAUCUUCUCCGUUGACAAAGCACAGGAGAGGCAGAAAGCAGAGAAAGAGAAAUCUCUGCUCAAAAAGAAAAUGUCACAGCAAGUUGAUGCGAGCCAGGAGUCUCUUGGAAAAAAUGGGACCUGA